AUGACCAUGGAAGGCAUUGGCCCGCUUGUUGCUGCCAUGAGCUGCAGCAUGCCGGAUGAGAUAGCCAUCAUCUCUGAUGAAGCCACCAUAACCUAUAAAGAUCUCCAUCUCAUGGCACAAUUGCUUGGUCGUGAGAUGGUUGAAUCUGGCAUUGUCUAUGAAGACAUUGUCGGAAUUCUUACUGAGCAUGGCAUUGAACAUAUCAUUGCCCAACUGGCCAUUAUUUACGCAGGGGGGACUUGCCUUCCAUUAGAUGCAACUCUUUCUGAGGCAGAUCUCCAAGCACGUAUUACAUUCGCCAAACCCCAGUACCUGGUUGUUGAUAGCUUGAACAAAAACCGCCUUCAAUUUCAAGGCACAAUAUUUGAGGCGAAUAUUUCCACGGACCGCAUCUUUCAGUCUUCUAUGGGGAUUAAUCCAGCACAUCUCACUUUACCGAGGGAUACCCCUUCUGACUUUCGAUCACACAUCAUGUUCUCAUCGGGCACUACUGGGGUGCCCAAGGCAAUCCAGGUACUUGGCUGUGGCAUCCUGAGAGUAGCUCAAGAUGAAAUCUGGGGGCGUCCGACAGCCAUUGGAGAGAGGUUUGGGCAUAUCAAUAGCUCCAGCUUUGAUGCUUCACUAAUUGAUAUAUGGGUUGCUUUACUCCUUGGUGCUACUAUCGAUGUGGUAGACCGGCGGGAGCUCCUGAACCCUGGACCAUUUGCGAGGACGUUGGCAGAAAAAGGUGUUACAACUAUGGUAAUUACGUCAGGUCUCUUUAUUAAAAUGGCCAACUUUUACCCAAGUGCAUUCUCGAAAAUGCACACUCUUAUUAUAGCCGGAGAGCUGCCCAGUAUUGGCGCAUGCAAAAGUGUCUUACAGGAGGGGGCGCCAAAACAACUCGUCAAUGGAUAUGGACCAACUGAGUGCUCUAUUGUUGCCUUCUGGCACAUUAUAACACAACAGGAUAUUGCUCUGGGCCGCAUGCCUCUUGGAAGGCCUGUAUAUCAGACGGAUGCCUACAUCAUAGACGAACAAGGGAAACUCGUCACUGGUUCGGGGUCGGGAGAGCUCUGGCUUGGCGGACCUGGCUUAUCCCCUGGCUAUCUCUUUGAUGAGAAUAAAACAUCUGAGUCCUUCAUUACCAUGAAUCGUCCUCACAAUCCAAAUAGAUGUAUUCGACUAUACCGUACACGCGACAAGAUCGACGUACACGAGGAUUAUAAGUGCUGGGCAGGGCGCAAGAACCGGGAGAUCAAAAUCAACGGCCACCGUGUACAAUUAGACAUGAUUGAGAUGGAGCUGAUGCAAACAAACUUGAUUGAUAACGUCACAGUCAUGAAACACUCAAGCUCCGUCUCAAAUGCUAACCAUCUUAUAGCCUGUGUUGUCUAUAAAAAAGGUCAAAGAGAUUUUGAUACCCUUCUCAUAGAAGCAAAGAGGAGGCUUCCUAAAUACAUGGUUCCAGAACUCGUUGAAUUUAGGCAGCUGCCACUCAACAACAAUGGGAAAAUCGACCACAAAAAGACAUCGGAUUUGUUAGAACAGGGGCUUCAAAAGCGCCAUGAGUAUAUCCUAGCUGCCAACACACCAGAUUUCCAAGGACUCAGCAAAAUAGAGAAGUGUCUAAAACAACUCUGGGCUCAGAUUCUCAUCGCCGUUCCGAUGGAGGCCAUAAAUAAAGCAAGCAGCUUCUUUCUGCUUGGCGGGACAUCUCUUGGUGUCACGGCAUUGCUGGGAUAUAUCCAGCAGACUUUCAAUGUUGCUCUUCGAACUGAUCAAGUCUAUGAGAAUCCACUGCUCAAGGACCAGGCUUUGGUUAUUGAAGAAGCUCAACAUGGUCAAAGGCUGGUUGAUGUCAAGCCAGUGACAGUCAGGAUGGAGGAAGAUGCAAAGCUGUUCAGCGACAAGAUCGAAUUCCUAUCCAGCACAGCUCCGCAACGAAAAGAUAGACGCGAUGUGCUUCUUACUGGCGCUACCGGAUUCAUAGGGCCUUUUCUCCUACAGGAACUGUUGAACUCACCAGAAAUCGGUAAAGUGCGCUGUCUCGUGCGAGCUGCUACGGACGAUCAGGCUUUGAAACGGCUCUUGGAUAACUUCAAACGGUAUGGCCUUUCUUUUGUUGAGCCGAUCAAGUCUCAGAUUGAGGUGGUAGCUGGCGACUUUAGCCAACCCAUGCUCAGUCUCAAGACGAGUGUCUACAACAGCUUGGUGGAUCGGACGGAUGUCAUUUAUCAUCUUGGAGCACAUGUCGACUAUACUCAGCCGUAUUCGAGCCAUGUUAAGUCCAAUGUCUUAGGAACCUAUCACUUGCUCAAAUUCGCCAUUGAUGGGCAUCUGAAACCGUUCCACUACAUCUCCAGCAUAUCCGCCUUUGGCCCAACUGGAUUGAUGGUAGAAGAUGGCCUGCUUGGCGAGGACCAGUCGCUAGAGCCUUACCUCGAGCCAGCUCUACAAUAUGAGAAUGGCUACGGGCAGAGUCAAUGGGUGGCAGACGAGAUGGUGUCUCGCUUGAUGCGGAAAGGAUUCCCUGCGGCGAUUUAUCGUCUGGGUUUUGUCUUAUGCAGCAGCACCAAUGGGAUGGGAAAUCCAGACGACUUCAUGGGCCGGCUUCUCUCAGACUGCGCAAAGCUUCAAUCUUACCCUUUACUACCCAAUCAACGAAAAGAAGUCAUGGCGGUAGAUGACGUGGCAACAAUUCUCAAGGCCAUAUCAACGUCGGACCAGAAUCUAGGUCAUGCAUAUCACAUCACGCCAGACGUCGGGAAAUCGAUUGACAUGAACGACCUUUUCAAGUUGACUGGGAAUCUCUGUGACAUUGAAAUGAAAGGCAUACCAUAUGCUGAUUGGAUAAAGGAACUCAAGGAUGCCCAAAGCAACACGCCCCUGAGGCUAUUUCCUUUACUCCCGGUACUGGAGGAGGAGGUGCUUAGCCAUAAGAAGCGAUGGGAGCUGUACGAAGGAAUGGCGCACUUCAGUGUUGAUAAUACGGUGCGUGCUCUUGAACGGGCUGGUGUAGAUGCGAGUAUCUUGACGUCUGUUACUCCUGAAGCACUUGGGCGAUAUCUUGAGGAUUGCCUGGAGAUUGGUAAAGAGUAG